GAUUCCUACAUCAACACGUGCGUUUAUACGAAACCACUUUCGUAUUCUUUUGUUUUUACGGUCGUUAUUAAAAGAUUAGUGUUAUAAAAAUGAUGAAGGUGGCCAAAAAAGUGAAAGCAACGCCGUUGCCUGCGCAGGAAAGUGAUAGUGAUUCCCUGUCCGAAGAUAGCAGCGCCGAUGAAGAGUUCUUGUCCGACGGCGAAUACCCGAUGUCCGAGGAUGAAAGUGCAGGAGAAAACAAUGAAGAAAGUGAUGAUGAAUCGAAGAACAUGGACGAGUCAGGAGAGCCAACCAAAUGGGCUAAGACGAUGGCAAAGUUCCUCCGUAAAACGACCGAUGCGAAGAUACUCUCCAAAGCCACCAGCGAGGCCGAAAUUGAACGCAAGAAAAAGGAAUCCUCGACGUACAAAUUCGAAGUGGUGGGUCAGGAAAGAACAGUCAAAAAAGAAACGUCCGCUAAAGGCCAGGAAGAUAAACCGGACGAUUUACAACUAGCGUACGAACUAUUACGGCAGAAAGCACUGCUUAAGAAGGAACGACGAAAGGAUAUCCUCGGUCUACGGGUUCGACCAACGAUCAAUGAUUAUGAGCGCGAAAGGACAUUGCGGAAGGUGGCCACAAAAGGCACAGUGCAGCUGUUCAAUGCCGUACGCAAGCAGCAAAAGGAAGUGAAUAGAAAGCUCGAUGAAGCCGGCAAGCUCGAAUAUAAGCGCGAAAAGGUGCUUAAGACUUUGAGUAAAAAGGAAUUCCUUGAUGCGCUAAUGAACGGACCGAGAGCAAAAUCGGAAUUGGUAGAUAACUUGGUGAAAAAGGAGGAGGAUGAGGAUGUUAAAUCGGAAGUUGAUUCGGAUGAGGAACCCAAAUCGACCUGGGGCCCCUUGCGGGCUGACUUUCUCACUGGGAAGAAAUCAGGCUGGGACAAGGAAUACGCAGAAGAUGAACGAAAUGUUCCCGAUGGUUUGGACGAUAAUAUGCAGUCGGACUCGGAUUAGUCUAAUAUAUUAUUCAUGUUGUCACAA